AUGCGGCAUCUGGAAAAGCUGCGCCUUUUGGGCAAACUUGAGCAAGUCUCGGCAUCUUGCCACCACCUGGGCUUCUUCAACAACAUCGGACUCUCAGCUCACUACGCUCUAUCUGGGUCUACUUCUCCGGCUGGGUUUGACCUGCGCCGUGUAAUUUACUCGGCGGCAAGAGACGUGGUCCGCAAACACGGCAUACUAUUUGCCAUUCCUGUCAACGAGGACACCCCAGAUACUAGUUACUUUGCGUCUCUUUCUUCGAUUGAUCUCGACCAGAGCAUUCACUUCCUCCAACGCUCUCACCCUCUGGCUGCCGGUACAGACGGCGACGACAAGGAACUAGAUGCCAUCCUGGAGGACCAGCACAAUACCAACUUCAAGUCCGACUAUGGCACCUUGCCGUUCUGGCGCCUCGUCAUCUUACAAGCGCCCGGGGCGGAGACAGAGUUCACAGCCAGCUUCAUCUACCAUCACGCACUCGGGGACGGAGUUUCUGGCCUCGUCUUCCACAAGGCGUUCCAGACCGCCCUGGCAGCCGCGUGUUCCACCUCGUCAUCACAGUCUGAGGCCGAGUCCAGGGUCACGGCGGACGAGAAAGUCUUGGUCCUCCCACCGGUCGAAGACUUGCACCCUCAACCACUUCCACCUCAUCAUCCCAACCCCCCUGGCCCUGGAAGCAAGACCCGGAAAGAGUGGACCGCCAAUUCCAUCCGCAUGCCAUGCAGGUCUCGCUGGGCGUCGUUUUGCCUCUCGCCAGGCGUGUCUCGAGCCUUCUUCCAGGAGUGCAAGGGGCAAGAGACAUCGGUGACGGCCGCGCUGUCGUCCAUCGUGGCGUCGGUCCUGUUCACGACGCUCCCAGAGCCCGAGGACACACUCACUUGUAUCAUCCCCGUCAGCUUACGGCCGUGGCUGAGCCUGCCCGGCGACGCUGCUCGUGAUGCCAUCGGGACGUACUUUGACGCCACCAGGGUGUCGUUUACGCGGCCGCAUCAGAGCAGCAGCAAUAGCUCUUCCGGCUCGCCAACGGACAUUUGGCCAGGGGCCCGGGAGGUAUCCGGGGCCUUAAGAGACUAUCUCGGCAAUGUAUCGCCCACCGGUGAGCCCUAUACCGCCAUUGCCGUCCUCAAAACCAUCCCAGACUUCUCCGUCGUCUGCAGAUCCAUGCUCGGGAAGCCGCGCGACGCCGCCUUUGAGGUGACCAACAUUGGCGUCUUCUCGUCCUCUCCUCAGACGGGUGCUCCUCUUUGGCAGGUAGGGAGAGUGAUGCUUAGUCGAAGUGCUCUUGCUUCUGGGGCCGCAGUCACCGUUAGCAUCGCCACCGGGGGGGACGGCUCGAUGACGGUAGGCUUUAGCUGGCAAGAUGGUGUUGUUGAGGAUGGUGUUCUAGACAGUGUCCUGCGAGGCGCCAAGAAGUACUUUGAUAGGUAUCAAUGA